AUGACCACCACACCCACUACACGGCCGCGCAGUCCAGCUGUCGGCGGACCACGCGCACGAGCCACCAGCGCGAGCGCCCGAGCGUCUACGCCACAUGCAAAGACGUCGUCGGGCGCGGAAGAUGCACCGCAUACCGGAACAUCAGAAGCAGGAGGGAGAAAGGACAAGGCAGAGAGGAAGCCAAAGAAGCGGGGAUGGAAGGGAUACGCGAUGCAGUAUUUCGACGACGAUGGCAAUCUGGUGGAGGAGCGAAUCAGAGAUGCGACGCCGCCGACAGAGGAGGAGAAGGCAGCCGCGGCGGCUGCGGAGCUGGCUGCUGCAGCUGCCGCAGAGGAGGAGCGGAAACGAAGUGAAGGGAAGCGCAGGGCAGCGAGCAGUCUACCGAAUCGCAGUCGAGUACCGACAGGGCAAAGAAGCAAGUCGCCCGACCCGGCUUUGGAGGAGCUGCCUUCGCUUCGGAUAGAAACGACUGUUGGACCCCGGCCAGUCGUCACCACACCGCCAUCUGACCCGGCGGUACCUCCCACCGAAAUCAUUCAACCCAAAGCAGGUCCUUCUCGACUUGCGGCCGACGGGGAAAAGGAGAAGCUGCCGGUCAAGAAGAGGAGAAAAACUUCGCUCUCCAUUACUCCCGGGCCGGACCAUUCCCGAGCCGCGUCCACCGUAACCCGCCUACCACCGCCGAACGGUAAAGGCAAAGCCCGGGCAUCCCUUCCUCUCACUGCCCGCCAGCUCGGAAUCGCCGCCAACAACGCGGCGGUCCAGGCAGCGCGGGAAGCAAAGGGGCAAAAGGACGCUUUGCUGGGCAGGUCAUCCCCUUUCGUCGUCGACGAUGACGCGCCGUUGCCAAAGGUGCCUCGGAAAGGUAUGGGGGAUGACCAGCCUACACCCGCAGAGAGCGAUGUCCGGGCGGAGGGACUGAUGAUCCUGGAGGCGGUGGCGAGGCAGCGGGAAGAGCGGAAGAGACUGUCUGCGGCAGCCGACAAAAACUCCCCUUUCGGUCGACCCAACUCGCCGCCUCUCACCGGAGAAGAGUCCGAUCUUCCGCCCCUACAGAUCGUCCUGCCUACCAACGGGAACGGUGACCACUCUACCUCUUACCGCACACCUGCCAAUACGGGGGAAGGCUUCCCAGAUGUGGCUUCUCAACUCGUACCUGGGCCAUCACGCCGCGGCCGACAAGACGCUAUGACGGACGAGGAGUUCGAGCGGGAGUUUGAGGCCCUCAAACAGCUCUACAGCGAUCCGAAACGUCAUACCAUGCCUGUCUUUGUGGACGACCCUCGGCCGCCCAAGUUCCACCAAGGACAGAGACCGACGGUGGUCCUCGCGGGUCAACAUUCGCGGAUGCCGGGGCGAGUAAGGGACAAGCACGAGAGAGCGUACCUGGAGGGAUAUGACGGGUUGCCGGAUGAGUACGAGAGGGAGAUUGUGGGGUUCAUUGACAAUGUCAGGUCAAAUAUGAAGACGGUUGUCCAAUUCUACUUUGACCACCCGACACUACGCCGAGAUGCCUUCAUCGAGCGGCUCGGCCGAGAGCUAUCCAAGCUCGGAGCCGAGCUCACGAGCGACGGGGAAGCCUCCGUGGUUCCUCCUCGACCUCCUACUCCGGAGGAGUGA